UACACAAGUGGCUGGGAGGAAGAUAACAAAUGAUAUCUUGAGCGUCCACGUGGAACAACUACAGAUUUAGGUGUUUAGGAAAACUCCUCGUGCCACCGAACCCAUCGGGCCGCCAUUUCCUGCCGCCGGCUAAAUUUGACGGUCAAAUAGCCCAAAACUCUUCCACCACCAUGUCUUCUCUUUCUUUCGCGCCCUGUGUCACCCAUGCGCAGUUUAGCCACUCCCUCUCUCCCAUGUUUAUCCUGCGCAGGCUUCCCCUUACCCGCCAUCUCCGCUUCUCCCGCAAUAGCCGCGUCGCCUCCGUCGUCUCCGCCGCAGCAGUUCGCCAGGACGCCACACUCUGGACGCCGGCUCCUCUCUCUCAUGUCGAAUCGGCUGCCGAAUCGCUUUUCCACAUCUCAAUCGAUAUUUCAGAUUCCCCCGAUCUCGUAGCCUCCUACACGCGCCCCGGCCAGUAUCUCCAGCUCCGUGUUCCUGAUGUCGAGAAGCCUUCUUUUCUGGCGAUCGCUUCUCCUCCUUCCUUCACGGCUUCUCGUGGUGCUUUCGAGUUCUUGGUCAAGAGCAUCGCUGGAUCCACCGCUGAGAUUCUCUGCGGGUUGAAGAAAGGGGAGACCGUCGAGCUUAGCCCUGUGAUGGGUAAUGGUUUCGACAUCGAUCAGAUCCAUCCUCCUGAGGAAUAUACCACGGUUUUGAUUUUCGCCACUGGAUCUGGAAUUAGUCCCAUCCGCUCACUAAUUGAGACAGGAUUUGGCGCUGAUAGAAGAUCUGAUGUAAGACUCUAUUACGGGGCUAGGAACCUGAAAAGAAUGGCUUACCAGGAAAAGUUUAAAGAAUGGGAAUCAUCGGGUGUCAAAGUUGUGCCGGUAUUAUCACAGCCAGAUGAUGGAUGGAGAGGGGAAACUGGAUAUGUGCAGGCUGCGUUUGCAAGGGCUAAACAAGUUUCAAAACCUGGGGCCACAGGAGUGGUGCUGUGCGGACAGAGACAAAUGGCUGAGGAGAUAACCGCAAUGCUUGUAGCCGAUGGAGUCUCAAAUGACAAGAUGCUCAAAAACUUUUGACAGAUAUACAUUACUUGUAUCAUCUUAAGUUCGUAACUUAUACUGUACCAUCAUCAUUAUUCUUUUGCUACCAAAGUCUCUUUAAGGCUCCUCUAAUUCAUAAACACAGAUUUUUGUAAUCCCUUAAAGAUAAAUAAUACUGUGUUGAUUGUUACCACAACAUUCAUCUUAAUGAUUAUUCCUGUCA